UCUGCAAUUCCCCACCUCCCACUCCCAGCGAAACACCCCGCUCCCUCUCUCAAGCAGCCGCCAUGGCCCCCAAGGCAGACAAGAAGCCGGCCGCGGAGAGCAAGGUGGAGAAGGCGGCGGAGAAGGCCCCCGCGGGCAAGAAGCCCAAGGCCGAGAAGCGGCUUCCGGCGUCCAAGGAGGCCGCCGGCGGCGAGGGCAAGACGAGGGGCCGGAAGAAGGGCAGCAAGGCGAAGAAGGGCGUGGAGACGUACAAGAUCUACAUCUUCAAGGUGCUGAAGCAGGUGCACCCGGACAUCGGCAUCUCCUCCAAGGCCAUGUCCAUCAUGAACUCCUUCAUCAACGACAUCUUCGAGAAGCUCGCCGGGGAGUCGGCCAAGCUCGCCCGCUACAACAAGAAGCCCACCAUCACGUCCAGGGAGAUCCAGACCUCCGUCCGCCUCGUCCUCCCCGGCGAGCUCGCCAAGCACGCCGUCUCCGAGGGCACCAAGGCCGUCACCAAGUUCACCUCCUCAUAGACUGAAGAUGCGUCCGUCGCCUGUAGUUGGUCUCUGUAUCUGCACCUGUACUGUCGACUCUGCUUGUCUCUCUGCAAGUAGUGCUGGUAGUCUGCUGGGUGAUCGCCAACGCUUUGUUGGCUAAUUAAUUGGUUGUAAGAACUGAAGUUGUUGUGUUUGGCAGACUGAUAUAUCUAUCUAGAACUGAACUUGUGGUGGUACUA